GGUUUCCUUUAAAUAUGUUUGAUUUCUGUGGGAUUUUACUUUAAAGCAGCUGCCAAGAUAAUCAUGCAUCUGAUGAAUGGAAAUGCAACGUGCUGCCGUUCUUGUUGAAAAGGUUACACGGUAGCUUUGUGUGUUUAUGUAAGUUCAUGAACCUCGAUUUAAGUCAUCACUGACAACAUAAUGGUUUGGAUCUUUGUGGAUAUGAUUGUUAAUCAUGUGAACUACUGUCUGUUAUAUUUGUAAAGGAUUCGGAAAAAAAUUAUUUUGCCUUAAUAUCUGUUUUAACUUCUUUCCACAGUUAAGUUGUUAGCAAAUUAACAGGUCAUCUGAAAACACAGGUAAGCUGUAAAAAAACUAGCCUAUUUAAACUUUAUGAAAGUAUGUAUGUAGUUAUAAUCCGAUUCAAUCACAGAAUGGAUGGGAUUUGUGGUUAAGGAGAUUAGUUCCCAGUCACCAAGGUAAUUUAUGGUUUCUUCUGUAACUCCUUCAUACUGUCUAUUGGCCCUUAUGAUAAACAUUUGGAUUGAAAAUGCAAAUGGAGUCAAAACUCGGCAUGCAGUAUCCGUGAGGUCCAUGGAUGUAUCUAAAUGUUUGGAGAGUUCACUUUGCAGAACGACUUUGCCAAAUAGACAUUUAAUUAACUUUUCUUUACCAGCAUUUGAAACGCAUGGAUUACAUUAUUGUGUGCAAAGGUACUACAUAUAACUAGCUCUUCUCUUUCCAUGUUACUGCAUUUUAAUGCAUUUGUGGUAUAAAUCCUCUAAUUGCUGGCAGUUGGCAUUAUGUUUGUAUUACAUUACAUGCUGAUUUGAUCCAAAAUGGUUUUUUUUUGUUUUAAUGAGGCUUAAGUUUGAAUAGUUACUUUUGGACUUUUCCAGUUCAGGCCUUCCAAGUGUUUUGGCGUUGCAUUCAUUUGUAUUUUUCCAUCUUAUUUAAAGGCAACACUCCAUUUCAGAAUGACUUAGCAUAUCCAUGUUUUGGUACCUUUGUUUGCUUUUAAAGACUACAUAUUAAAAAUGCUGUUAUAUACUUGUUUUUUUGUCUGCAGGUAUCAUUCAAUCCAAACCUAAAAAUGGCAGUAGUCAUCCGUUUACAGGGACUUCCUGUUAUAGCUGGGUCUGCUGAUAUUCGGCAUUUCUUCUCUGGAUUGAGUAUUCCGGAUGGAGGUGUUCAUAUUAUUGGCGGAAAGUCUGGUGAAGCCUUUAUUAUAUUUGCCACCGAUGAAGAUGCCAGGCGUGCUAUGAGCCGGGCUGGCGGUGUUAUAAAGAAAUCUUACAUCCAGCUUUUUCUAAGCAGCAAGACAGAAAUGCAAAACACUUUAGACAUGAACCGCAAAGGAACCAGAGAUUCAAAGCAUUCGGGUCCUGUUGGAGAUCUUUCAACGGUAUCGACUACAGCGAAGAAAGGAAUGAAUCAAAAUAAACUUGAUAAUCAUUCUGAUUCUGGGUUUCAUAGUAGUGGAAUAAAGCAUGCGGAUAAACUGCACAAACCAAAUGAGGCAAAGAGAGACAACAGGGAACCUAAAGAAGAUGAUAGUAUCUAUGUUUUUUUAUAUGGUCUUCCAUAUAGUGCAACACCUGAUGACAUCAGAUCCUUUUUUGAUGGUUUACAUUUGGUUGAUAUUAUCUUUCUGCUACGUCCAAAUGGUGUUAGGAAUGGAAAUGCGUUUGUCAAGUUUGGUAGCGUUGGUGACGCCAAUGCAGCGCUCAAGCAUAAUAAUGAAUACAUGGGUCACAGGUUUAUAUCUGUAAAGAAGACUUCUGAAGAAAAAUGGGUUGAAGCUGGUGGCCAAAUUGAUGACCUAGAUAUGCAACGCCAUCCUGUUGGAGACGGUUAUGGUCGCGCAAGAAAUCGUUCUAGAUCACCAAGGAGGCAAAGAACAAGGUCUCAAUCGCCUCAUCUUCAGCAGUUUUAUAUUCAUCUGACUAACUUAUCCUUUAGUGUCGCUAAACACGAUAUAAAGAAUUUUCUAAGUGAUCCAGAUAUGGCAGACACGCAGAUCAAAUUUCUGUUGGAUGAGUAUAAAAACAGAACAAGGGAAGGGUUUGUUAUGCUAGAUAAUAAAAGGCAGUAUGAAAAGUGUCUUGGUUUACACAGAAGAGAAUUAAAAGGGCGUCUAGUUUAUGUAUUUCCUAUUACUAGAAAAGAAAUGUUGCAGUUAAUUGACUCGCAUGAACAACCAUCGCCAUCCAUAAGAAGCAAUUCACGAGACAGUAAUUUUUCAAAAGGAAGCUUGAAAGAACAUGCUAAUUUAAAAAGAUGCUUAUAUCUAAGGAAUUUUCCUUUUGAUGUGAGCAAAGGUGAAGUCCAGAAAUUUUUUGUUGGAUUUGCUGUGCGUGAGGAUGACGUUAUCUUGCUUUAUGAUAGUAAAGGUGUUGGACUAGGGGAAGCCGUGGUAAGAUUUCCAUCUGAAGAACAAGCCAUCCUGGCUGAAGGUUUAAAUCGUCAACGGUUCUUGGGGACAGAAGUCCUUUUGAGGCGCAUCUCUGAGGAACAGACUAAACAGUUUGGCUCUUUCCCUGAUGCACCAGAGGUGAGAGAUGCAAGGAACUCUCCUGUCUAUGAAGAUGACUUUCGUGAGCCAGUAAAUUCACGUGAUCGUACUGACCAUCCCCUUGACGUGAGUGAAGAUUUUGGGAAUAGAUUGUAUGAGCCCGUUCAACACUCUGUGGGCUUGUCUGAUUUUGGGCAAGGACAUAAUUUCAGAGGUUCACCAGAAAGGCAAAGUCCAUACCAUAUGAAUGUUCACAGAGGUAGUGAGCCUUUUGGGAAGUUUGAUAUUGAAGAAAGAAAGAUGAUAGAUUACAGCGACUCAGAAGUUGAUCAGAACCAAAGCUUUGGAAACGGGUCAAGUGGAGCUUUAAUACGUAUGAGGAAUUUACCAUUUACUGCUACAACAGAAGAAGUCUUAGAUUUUUUUUAUGGUUACAACGUGAUUCCUGAAUCUAUCAAUUUCAAACGUACAAAAAAUGGAUUGUCCACAGGAACAGCAACUGUGUGCAUAAAGGAUUAUAAUGAGGCAGUUGCUGCUGUCAAUGAACUUAAUGAGAGGCCUAUAGGAUCCCGUAAAGUUAUCUUGAGUCUGUUGAAAAUCUUUUCCUUUAGUGUCGCUAAACACGAUAUAAAGAAUUUUCUAAGUGAUCCAGAUAUGGCAGACACGCAGAUCAAAUUUCUGUUGGAUGAGUAUAAAAACAGAACAAGGGAAGGGUUUGUUAUGCUAGAUAAUAAAAGGCAGUAUGAAAAGUGUCUUGGUUUACACAGAAGAGAAUUAAAAGGGCGUCUAGUUUAUGUAUUUCCUAUUACUAGAAAAGAAAUGUUGCAGUUAAUUGACUCGCAUGAACAACCAUCGCCAUCCAUAAGAAGCAAUUCACGAGACAGUAAUUUUUCAAAAGGAAGCUUGAAAGAACAUGCUAAUUUAAAAAGAUGCUUAUAUCUAAGGAAUUUUCCUUUUGAUGUGAGCAAAGGUGAAGUCCAGAAAUUUUUUGUUGGAUUUGCUGUGCGUGAGGAUGACGUUAUCUUGCUUUAUGAUAGUAAAGGUGUUGGACUAGGGGAAGCCGUGGUAAGAUUUCCAUCUGAAGAACAAGCCAUCCUGGCUGAAGGUUUAAAUCGUCAACGGUUCUUGGGGACAGAAGUCCUUUUGAGGCGCAUCUCUGAGGAACAGACUAAACAGUUUGGCUCUUUCCCUGAUGCACCAGAGGUGAGAGAUGCAAGGAACUCUCCUGUCUAUGAAGAUGACUUUCGUGAGCCAGUAAAUUCACGUGAUCGUACUGACCAUCCCCUUGACGUGAGUGAAGAUUUUGGGAAUAGAUUGUAUGAGCCCGUUCAACACUCUGUGGGCUUGUCUGAUUUUGGGCAAGGACAUAAUUUCAGAGGUUCACCAGAAAGGCAAAGUCCAUACCAUAUGAAUGUUCACAGAGGUAGUGAGCCUUUUGGGAAGUUUGAUAUUGAAGAAAGAAAGAUGAUAGAUUACAGCGACUCAGAAGUUGAUCAGAACCAAAGCUUUGGAAACGGGUCAAGUGGAGCUUUAAUACGUAUGAGGAAUUUACCAUUUACUGCUACAACAGAAGAAGUCUUAGAUUUUUUUUAUGGUUACAACGUGAUUCCUGAAUCUAUCAAUUUCAAACGUACAAAAAAUGGAUUGUCCACAGGAACAGCAACUGUGUGCAUAAAGGAUUAUAAUGAGGCAGUUGCUGCUGUCAAUGAACUUAAUGAGAGGCCUAUAGGAUCCCGUAAAGUUAUCUUGAGUCUGUUGAAAAUCUGAAACAAAGGGAUUUUUUCCACUUUGUUUUUGUUUCCCUUUGACACGUGUUAGUGUUGGCCUGAUUAUACAAGUUUCUUUACUUUUCUAAACAAAAUGAGCCAAAAGUUAAGCCAGUGCAGCUAAUUUUCGUAAAUUAGUCAAAAUUGUGUUAAACAAGAGUGCAUCAUUUAUGUCUUUGGUCACUUUAAAUAUUCUAAUUUUCAAUAUAUUUCCAGUUUUAUUUUCAGUUGUGAGUUUUGAUGUACAGAUUAAAAGUUAUACAUUGCAUAAGACUGUCUAGAUAUUUCCUUGUUCAAGAAUAAAAAUUAUACAAGCCAUUGCUUUAAAAA